AUGGCCACACCCAACGACACCAAGAACUCGCCCCCCGAGUCUGCCAUGGAGCAUGACCUUGACAUGAAGGCCAGGGCGGAAGCCAGCGAGUACGUCGAGACAGGCAUCUCACCCGAAGAUGCCGAAUUCAAGCGCAAGGAGAAGGCUCUGGUCCGGAAGUUGGAUCUCUUCAUCGCCCCCGUCAUGAUGAUGCUCAUGCUCAUCUCCUAUCUCGAUCGCGGUAACAUUGGCUUCGCCUCCACACAGGGUAUGUCGCGAGACAUCGGCCUCGUUGGAAAUCAACUCAAUACCGCUGUCUCCAUCUUCUAUAUCUUUUACAUCUUGGCCGAAUUUCCCACUUCGGUCCUUGUGAAGCGCCUCCAGUUCAACCGUGUCAUCCCAGCCAUCACCUUCUGCUGGGGCCUUGUGUGCAUGUGCAAUGGUUUCAUCCAAAACUUCGCCGGCCUCUGCGUCUGCCGACUCAUCCUUGGCUUUUUCGAAGGCUGUCUGUUCCCCUGCCUCACUCUCACGUUUGCCAACUGGUAUAAGCGCGAGGAACUGGCGCAGCGCAUCUCCUAUCUCUUCAUCGCGUCCGCCCUGUCCGGUGCCUUUGGUGGUCUGAUCGCCUUCGGCAUCCUCUACAUGGAUGGCGUGGCCGGCUAUCCCGGUUGGCGAUGGCUGUACAUCAUCGAAGGCCUGAUCACGCUCGUGUGGGCGUUGUGCUGCAUCAAGCUUGUGCCCAAGGACUACCAGACUGCGUACUUCCUGAACGAGGAAGACCGCAAGAUCAUGGCGUGGCGCUACGAGGCCUCGGCGGCGUACAGCGGCGGCACUGGACACUACAAAAAGAUCGACUUCAAGCGUGGCGCCGGCGACAUCAAGACGUGGCUGCACUCGUUCAUCCAGAUCGCUGUGGUGACCAUCCUAUACGGCUUCGGCACCUUCCUCCCCAUCAUCCUGCGCAACGGCUUCAACUACACGGUCAAGGAGGCGCAGUACCUGGUCAUCCCCGUCAAUCUCUGGGGCGCCAUCGUCUACGGCGUCGGCGCCUACAUCUCGGACAAGAAAAGGGCGCGCUUCUGGGUCCUGGUCUUCUCCGCGCCGUUCGGCAUCGCCGGCUACGCCAUCCUGCUAGCCUGGAACGUCCCCGUCGGUGUGCAGUACUUUGCCACCUACCUCAUCUCCACGGCCUGCUUCAUCUGCACCGGUGGCAACAUCGCAUGGCUGUCCGGGAACUGUGCCCCGGACGGAAAGCGCGCCGUCAGUCUGGGCAUCCAGUUGACCUUGACCAACAUCGGCGGCAUCGUCUCCGGCCAAAUCUACCAAUCCAAAGGCGCUCCCGAAUUCAAGCUGGGCCACGGCUGGAGUCUCGGCUGCCUGGGCUUCGCCUGGUGCAUGUGGUGGAUCGUGCGCGCCCUGUACCUGCGCCGCGAGAAGAAGAAGGACCAGCUCCUCGCCGAGGGCUACACCGAGAGCGAGGACGACUUCACCGACCGCAGCCCCACGUUCCGGUACCAGUUGUGA